AUGGCUGCACAUCCACUACCUCAGCAAUCACUAGAGGUGUUACAAUGCAAUAUAAACCAUUGUCUUCGCGCACAGGAUCUGCUGAUGCAGAAUAUAAGGCAAUGGGGUGUGAACGUGGCAGCCAUAGCGGAGCCCUAUUAUAUCCCUCCCCUAACACACUGGGCUGGCUCUACGGACGACAGAGUAGCCCUAGUAGUAUCAGGGACCGAUGGAUCCCCACCUUUAAUAUGCACUGAGAGAGGGCAGGGUUAUGUGGCGGCCAAAUGGGGGAACAUUAUUCUUAUCGGGGUCUACUUCUCCCCUAACCAACCACUUAUCGCCUUUGAGCGAUAUCUUGGAGAGAUUGGAACGUAUAUUAGGAAGAGCGGCACCAACGCAAGUAAUUGUGUUGGGAGACCUGAACGCAAAGAGUGUAGCGUGGGGCUCGCCCAGUACAACUCCUAG